AUGGCCUAUUCCUUAGGAACACCACCUUUCAAAAUCUUUGGAAUAGCAGACACAGGCAGUGACCUUGUUUGGUCACAGUUUUUACCUUGUCGUAAUUGCCAUAACCAAACAGCCCCCUUAUUCGAUCGUUCUAAAUCCUCAACCUUCAAAAACAUCUCUUGCUUCGACCAAAAAUGUACAUCUAUAGUUCCCCGUGAGGUCCAGACAUGUUGUGAGGAUGGAACAAAACUUUGUCAGUACGACGUGCAGUACGCGGAUCACUCAGUUUCAAUCGGAAACAUCACAUCAGACACACUGACACUUGGCUCCACCAGUGGUCGCCAAGUGGCGUUUCCUAACAUUGUGGUUGGUUGUGGGUAUAUUGAUGGUCCAUUUAGUGAACAAACUUCUGGGAUUGUUGGUCUCGGAGGAGGUUCGAUUUCUUUAGUUUCUCAGAUAAGUUCUUCCAUUGAUGGUAAAUUCUCAUACUGCUUGGCCCCAUUGUCGAGUAAUCGAACGACCAAGUUGAAUUUUGGAGCAAACGGUGUCGUUUCUGGAGCAGGGACUGUUUUUACUCCAAUGUUUUGGAAAGAUCCAGCGGCUUUCUGUUACUUUACGUUGGAAGCAAUUAGUGUUGGAGACAAAAGGAUAGCCUUUACAUCAUCAGGUGCAGAUGAUAGGUUAAGUACACUUAACAGCUUCACUAAAGUUUCUGGGGAUGUGUUUUGUUUUGCUUUCCGCUCAUUUUCACGUGGUGCUGUGUUUGGGAACAUCGCACAGAUGAACUUCUUGGUGGGUCAUGAUAUUCAGAAGAAGUUGGUUUCCUUCAAGCCACUGGAUUGCAGCAAGCUUUGA